UUUUGAGAUGGCAAAAAUAUGGUUUUUAGUCAUAAUCUUUCUUCUCUCAACUAUUUGAAAUGACGAAAUCUCUGAAGAAAUAGAGAAGGAGUUAGAAAUCUUAGAUAUUGAGUCUGAGACAGCCCAAUCUAAUAUAGUACGGACUAUUGGAGACCAAGUCCAUAUUGAUCUUUGUCCCGCAAAAUGCCACUACAAUGGAGUAUGCCAGAGAGUCUUUCACAGAGAGUCAAAGAACCUAGAAGAAUACAAUUACAACGAGAAGUUUAUUUGUGUCUGUAAAGAGUUUUUCAUCGGAGCAACCUGAAACCAAUGAAAAACAGACCAUUUCGGAAAAGAAUGAGAGCUCUGUCCCAUCGAUGAAGGGAAAGUCUGAGCAGGUAAUGGAGUCUGAGAUGAUGGAAUUAAGGGAACUGGCAAAUGAUACUGUGAAACACCUGAUUUACUCCCAGUUAAUAAUUGUAGGAAAGUUAUUCUCGAUACAGGACACCAUAAAGAGAAUGUUGUCCAAUCAUUAGGGCUCUCAUUUUUGUUUUUAUUAAUGCUUGCUUGUAUUUUGCUGAUGUAUAUGUACAAGAAGUUGAAGUAUCUUCAUAUAAUCCCAGAAUCAAUUGUUGCUAUUAUUAUUGGCCUGAUAUUUGGAUCUAUAAUAAAAUCCUCUUUCGAGAACCAAGAUUUGAUAAAUAUUCUUUCUUUCGAACCACAUGCCUUCUUUUUGAUCCUAUUGCCACCAAUAAUGUAUGACGCAGGUUUUACCUUAAACAAGGCGAAUUUCUUUGCUAAUAUAGUGCCAAUUGCUUCAUUUGCUAUCUUUGGAACAAUUAUAGCCACUAUUGUGUUCUCGCUGACAAUUUUCUUCCCAGGAUUUUUGUAUAAUCUAUAUCCACUUUCAUUAGGAGAAUGAUUGCAAUUUGGCUCCUUGAUAUCGGCAGUUGACCCUGUUGCGACUAUUUCGAUAUUCAAAAACUUUGGAGUUAACAAAAAUAUCUUCUUCCUCGUGUUUGGAGAGAGUGUUUUGAAUGAUGCUGUAUCCAUCGCUCUGAAUCAUUCUUUUGCUGUACUUACACAGACAGAGUUUUCAGGAGGGCAAUUGAUCCAAAUGGGUAUCAAAUUUUUCAUCAUCUUCUUUGGCUCUAUUGCAUUCGGUUUAAUCAUGGGGAUUAUAGUCUCUCUGAUGUUGAAGUAUAUUCAGUUUGAUAAUGACCAGUUCAUUGAAUUAUCAUUUUUCUUCUUUUUCAGCUACAUUCCUUAUAUACUCAGUGAAGCGAUUGGCUUGUCAGGGAUUUUAUCCAUUCUCAUAACAGGAAUGGUGAUGGGGCAUUACGCAAAGUAUUCUUUAUCCCCGAUUUCAAGAGUGACGGUGGAGAAUAUUCUACAAGUAAUCUCAUCUAUUGCUGAAAUUUUCAUUUUUGCAUAUCUUGGGCUCUCUUUCCCUCUAAUUAGUGUAAAGACUCCUCCAGCGUUAGUAUUGAUGGGAACUUUUGGUCUUCUCUUUUCUAGAGCCAUCUCAAUAUUUGGAAUUUCCCUAUUAGUCAACAAGAUUACUAAGGAAAAGAUUUGUUUCAGUAGUCAGAUCAUCGUAUGGUUCAGUGGCUUGAGAGGAGCUGUUGCAUUCUAUCUUGCUAUAAAUACAACAAGUGAGAACCAAGAGGAAAUCUUAUCCUCAACUCUCUGGCUGAUAUUGAUCAGUAUCCUUGUACUAGGAUCCUUGACUCCUUUGGUCCUCAAUAUUCUAGAUAGGAUCUUCCCUUAUGACAAGAUCAUGUGUGUUGAAGAUACUGAAGAGGAAGAACUUCUUGCACCCAGAGCUUUAGGAAUUCUUUCUCCUGAAAACAUCGAUGCAAGCGAUAGUGACACAGGUGGGAUUCUCUCCAAAAGAGAAAUUACAGAUAGCGAACUUCUGGUCUCAAGAUUCAGCUAUUUUGAUGUCAAAUUCUUUAGAACUUACUUCAGGAAGAGGCUUUGGCACAAAUAUGAGAAAGGAUUCAAAGACAUCAUGGAAUAUAACAAAGAGAUGAUCAAAUACAGAAAGAGAAAAAUAGCUCAAAUGAGAAGUAAUGAAGCUAGGUCAGAUGGAAGAUUGUCAGAGCAGCGUUUAGGUCCAGCGGGAAGUAGUAUUACAGACCAAAGAAGAAAAGCAGAGAAUGUAAUCUCUCGACAGGAAAGGCUCCAUUAUAGUGACGAAUCGGGAAUCUAA